GUCAUUCAUGUAACGUAUAUAAGCUUCCGUUGUCAUCUGCAGAUAUCAGUUCUGAGUAUUCUGAGUGAAACGACAUCACUAAUAGUAUUUUGCUAAAUAUGUUUAAAUUCGUCUGUGUAUUGUUCGUCGCUUUAAUGGUGCUUUCAACCACUUCGUUCGCCAAGAAAUUGGUCUGUGACAUGCCGAACGAGGAAUAUCAGUGCGGCUCAGCCUGUCAAAGACAGUGUGCUACUCUGAAUCAGCCUUGCGCCAUCGUGAAUUUCAGAUGUAACGACGGCUGUUACUGCAAGGAUGGUUACGCCAGGAAUAAGAAUGGCGUCUGCAUUCCCAUAACGGAGUGCAAUAGCAAACGUCUCAAAUACACUCGGAUUCCAUUGUACCGUUUGAGUAAUCUUGGCUUUUAACGUAGGAAUUUUUACGCAGGGAUGUACAUAUGUAUAUAAUUAUGUAAAUGUACGUACUUGGUUAACGAUAAUCGUUGGCUCUCCGUCUUGUGAAAAUGUAGAUAACAAACGUGCCGCAUUUCCCUCCCUACGCGUGUCUCGAAUGCAUAGUUCGCACGAUCGUGUGCGUUCGAUGACGACUAUUGAAUAACAGAAUAACCGAUGUAUCAAGUCUGUUUUGUAAAAACAGAUAAGUUUUCUUGCUUUUGCACAAGUUACGUCGUUCGUUAGAGAUUGUUGAACGUAAGGAGUACAAAUAUAAUUUUAUAUAAAAUAACAAAUCAAUGCUUUUUAUAUUCAAAUUGACAAACGUUCUGGCCAUUUUUAUUUCGUCUUCACUAAAGUGAAAAUCAAAUGGGAGACAAAUAUUUUCCGAAUUACUAAUUAUUUAAAUAAUUAUUAUCUUUAAAAUAUCUAAAAUAUUAAUUAUUUAAAAUAUCUUUUUCCGAUUUUUAUGUAAUAUUGUAACGAUAAGUAUAAUAUUAUAAUGAAUAAUAAAAUUAAUUUGUAUA